AUUAAAUUCACGCCCGCCACCAGACUCAGAUCAGAUGUAGAGCAGCAGGACGUCUCAGUCUACUCUGCACUGCACACACAUACACUCUCUCUCUCCCUCCAACCCCCUCUCUGUAUUAGAGAGAGAGAGAAAACGGCAGAGGACGAACAAUGCCAUUGCCAAUGGCAUUACCUAUCCUCGCUGUCGUUCUCUUCUGCAUCUUCGCUACGCCCUCGGCGGCGGAGCUGGCCUCGGUGACUUCCGAUAACGUCGCCCUCCUCGCUAUAAAAUCUGCGAUCUCAGACCCUGCCGGCUAUUUAAACGCAUGGAACGAUUCGUCCCCUCACUGCUCAUGGAGCGGCGUGGCAUGCGACAGUCUCGGCCGUGUCGUCUCCCUAGACCUUACAGGCAUGAACCUUUCCGGCAUCCUGUCUCCUGCCGUCGGCGAGCUGCGCGAGCUUCUAAAACUAUCCACUGCCAUCAAUUCACUCUCCGGUCCCAUCCCGUCGGAGCUCUCCGGCGCUUCCAAUCUUCGAUACCUUAACCUCUCCAACAAUAUCUUCAAUGGCAGUUUUCCUUCUGCACUUUCCCAGCUCAAGAGCCUACGUGUACUGGAUUUCUACAAUAAUAACCUCACCGGCGUCCUCCCGAUUGAGGUUAUCGAGCUUCGUAACCUUCGCCAUCUUCAUCUCGGGGGAAACUUCUUCUCCGGCGUCAUUCCACCGGAGUACGGCCAGUGGGAGUUACUCGAGUAUCUCGCGGUCUCCGGCAACGAGCUUAGCGGGAGGAUACCGCGGGAGAUUGGGAAUCUCACGCAUCUCCGGCAGCUUUAUGUCGGGUACUUCAAUAGCUACGAGGGUGGAAUCCCACCAGAGAUCGGGAACCUCAGCGAACUUGUGCGGCUCGACAUGGCGAAUUGUGGCCUCACAGGCGAGAUCCCGCCUGAGAUCGGGAACCUCGAGAACCUCGACACGAUUUUCCUGCAGGUGAACGUCCUUGCGGGAGAGCUUCCGCCGGAGCUCGGCCGGCUCCGAAGCCUCAAGUCGAUGGACCUUUCGAACAAUGCCUUCACGGGUGAGAUCCCGACGUUGUUCGCUGAGCUAAAAAACCUCACGCUGUUGAAUCUCUUUCGGAACAAGCUCUACGGCACUAUCCCGGACUUCAUCGGUGAUCUACCGAAGCUUGAAGUGCUUCAGCUCUGGGAAAACAACUUUACAGGUAGCAUUCCGAGGCAGCUAGGCAAGAAUGGCCUUCUCCAGCUCCUUGAUCUUUCUUCCAACAAACUCACCGGCAAUUUACCUCCGGAUCUGUGCUUCGGUAACAAGCUACAGACUCUAAUCGCUCUCGGGAAUUUCCUAUUUGGUCCGAUCCCGGAAUCCCUAGGCCGAUGCUCGUCCCUAAGUCGUAUCCGAAUGGGUGAAAACUACCUUAAUGGCUCCAUCCCGAGAGGCCUUUUUAGCCUUCCCAAUCUCGCUCAGGUUGAGCUGCAGGACAAUCUCCUCGCGGGCGGAUUCCCCGACACCAGUAAAUCCCGGAUCUCUUCCAAUCUCGGCCAGAUCACCCUCUCGAACAAUCACCUUUCUGGUCCUCUCCCUUCCUCCAUCGGUAAUUUCUCUGCUGUCCAGAAGCUUCUAAUAAACCAAAACCUCUUCUCUGGCAACAUACCGCCAGAGAUCGGCCGGCUACAACAACUGUCUAAAAUAGACUUUAGCGGUAACAUCUUUUCCGGUCGUAUCACUCCGGAGAUCAGCAAGUGCAGUCUCCUUACCUUCAUAGACCUCAGUAGGAACAAUCUGUCAGGUGAGAUCCCCGAGGAGAUCACUGGAAUGCGGAUCUUGAACUAUCUCAACCUCUCCAGGAACCACCUCGACGGCAGCAUCCCGCAAUCUAUAUCUUCGAUGCAGAGUCUAACGGCCGUGGAUUUCUCCUACAAUAACCUCUCCGGCCUCGUUCCAGGCACCGGCCAAUUCAGCUACUUCAACUCAUCAUCCUUCCUAGGAAACCCAGAACUCUGCGGACCUUACCUUGGCCCCUGUCGCUCAACAAACAAUAACAAGUCAGGCCACGCUCACGGGCCUUUCUCCUACUCCUUCAAGCUCAUUCUUGUCAUUGUUCUCCUCCUCUGUUCCAUUGCGUUCGCCAUCGUUGCCAUAAUCAAAGCGCGGUCUUUGAAGAAAGCCAGUGAGGCCCGUGCGUGGAAGCUCACCGCAUUUCAGCGCCUGGACUUUACCUGCGACGAUGUGCUUGAUUGCCUCAAGGAGGAGAACAUCAUUGGAAAAGGUGGUGCCGGCAUUGUAUACAAGGGGAUUAUGCCCAACAGUGAGCAGGUGGCAGUGAAACGAUUGCCUGCAAUGAACAGAGGCUCUUCUCAUGAUCAUGGUUUCUCUGCCGAGAUACAAACACUGGGUAGGAUCCGGCACCGGCACAUUGUAAGGCUGCUUGGUUUUUGCUCCAACCACGAAACUAAUUUGCUUGUUUAUGAAUAUAUGCCUAAUGGGAGCCUUGGGGAGGUUCUACAUGGGAAGAAAGGUGGUCACUUGCACUGGGAUCUCCGGUAUAAAAUUGCAGUUGAAGCAGCAAAAGGGCUCUGUUAUCUUCACCAUGAUUGCUCUCCGUUGAUUGUUCACCGUGAUGUGAAGUCAAACAAUAUCCUUCUUGAUUCCAACUACGAAGCUCAUGUAGCUGACUUUGGUCUUGCCAAGUUCUUGCAGGAUUCCGGCACUUCUGAAUGCAUGUCUGCAAUUGCUGGUUCUUAUGGUUAUAUAGCUCCAGAAUACGCGUACACUCUGAAGGUGGAUGAGAAGAGUGAUGUGUACAGCUUUGGCGUGGUUCUGCUUGAGCUGGUAACCGGAAGAAAACCAGUUGGGGAGUUUGGCGACGGCGUUGAUAUCGUCCAAUGGGUUCGCAAGAUGACAGAUUCCAGCAAGGAAGGAGCUUUCAAAAUUCUCGAUCCUCGGCUUCCAACGCUUCCAGUUCAUGAGGCAAUGCAUGUGUUCUACGUCGCAAUGCUCUGUGUGGAAGAGCAGAGUGUCGAACGGCCGACCAUGAGGGAGGUGGUUCAGAUCCUUACAGAAUUGCCAAAGCCGCCGGCAAAGGCUGAGGAGGAGACACAGAAUGGUUCUUCCGGACGGCUGCCGGCUUCGGAGGCAACUGAUGAUGCAAAUGCUAAAGAAGUAGAUCUGUUGAGCAUUUGAAUGUGGAGUGGGGAGGCCAAUUAAACUAGCUAGCUGCAUUGAUAUGAAAUUAGCUAAUAGGAUGUUUGGUUUUCUCUGUGGUUUGUAAAACAAGGUUUUUAAUGUGUUUUAGGGAAGGUAUCUUUUGAAUUGAUGUAUAGGGAAGCAUUUGUUGGGUUUUAUUGGCUUAAGAAUGGACGAUUUAGUAUGCAUGCAUGCAGUUUAUUGGCGGUUUCUUGUAAUUUAUUUCUUUUAGAUCUUUACCACUGCUGGAAUGUGUUUUUGUAGCUGCAGUAAGUAAUUAGUGUCUUCUAUAUA